AAAAAAAUAUCUUCUCUGUUUCUCUCUAAAUCUCUGCUAUCCUCUACUCAUUUUUCAUCAUCUCUUUUUUUUUUUUCUCCCAAAACUUUUAAGUCUAUUAAAUAUUGAAAAAAACUGUAUUCUUCUUCAUCAAGCUUUUAAAUUUCAGCAAUGGCAACUCCAGCUAGAAAGAGACUCAUGUGGGACUUCAAGAGACUCCAGAAAGAUCCUCCCUUGGGGAUUAGUGGAGCUCCUCAAGAUAACAACAUCAUGCACUGGAAUGCUCUCAUCUUUGGACCUGAUGAUAGUCCAUGGGAUGGAGGUACUUUCAAGUUAACUCUUCAGUUCACUGAGGAUUACCCAAACAAACCACCAGUAGUUCGCUUUGUUUCUCGAAUGUUUCAUCCAAACAUUUAUGCUGAUGGAAGCAUUUGCUUGGAUAUAUUACAAAACCAGUGGAGUCCCAUAUAUGAUGUCUCAGCGAUCCUCACAUCAAUUCAGUCUCUGCUUUGUGAUCCAAAUCCUAACUCGCCAGCAAACUCUGAAGCUGCGAGGUUGUUUAGUGAGAACAAAAGAGAGUAUAACAGGAGAGUUAUGGAGAUUGUGGAGCAGAGCUAUGCUUAAUACUAUUGUGAUUCUAUUUGUAUUGACUGUUGA